GAUCUCCUGCCCCUGUCAUAUGAGCAGUCCUCUGUAGCAUGCACAGCUCUUAGAUCCCCUGCCCCUGUCAUAUGACCAGUCCUCUGUAACAUGCCCAGCUCUGAGACCCCCUGUCAUUUUCUCACAGCCCCCAUGUUGUUUUUUUGUUUGUUUGUCUGUAAAUGAAACUUUAUUGAGAGUUUCCAAACAAACCCAAAUAUAGCGUGCAACCAAACAGUAGUCAUGAAAUACAGGCAUACAAUAAUAUCCGCACAACACUGCACUGAGACGGAUAUAUUGUGCGGCCGAAUUCAUUACGUGUCGGGUCAGUAUACACAAGUUCUAGGUGGAUAUUGAUAUCCGGGCACCCUUGGAACGUAUGCUUCCCCUUGUCGGGGAGAGAAAAAAAGGAAAGAGCAGCCUUUUGCUGAGUUCCGCUACAGAGCUUGUGUCUGCAGAUCUGAUCCACGUCUCCCUCGGCUGACAGUAUUACGUGAACCAGAUUCGUUUCUAUGUUCCUUCCAGUAAAAGUGCACCUUAGCUCCACAGAACAGACCGGCACUGAAAGUGAAACACCUCUCCGGGUGAAGCUCAAACCUGAUGACGAGGAAGAAAGAGAGAGAGAAAGGGGUCAUUAAAUUGCAUUACAGCAGAUCCGCUUUAGCCAUGUUUUUAAUGCUCUCAUCAUAAUGCAGUCAGAGGAACUAAGCGCUGGACGGCUGCCAGCAUAGAGGAAGGAGGCAGCCGGAGUCAAGUUCAGUUCCUCUGUCAGUCUACUCCAGCCUGUGUGUUCUGCAGGACGCAGCUUGCGGGAGACCUGUAGCUCUUCGGGGGUACAGUCCUAGAGACACAACGACAGAUACGCAAUCCUAUCCAACACAAAGGGAAACGAGAAAUGAAACAAAAGGCUCAGAAGGAAGAAAUUCGAAUUGACUUCGGCUGCAAACGUUUUACCUCCAGUGUAGGAUUUCUGAAGUGUGUAAAACCGAUUGGAGAAGAAAUCUGGAAGAAAACAACCACUUAAUUCCUCAAUUUGGGAGGGUGGGGAGGAGGACAACAAGACCUCGGAAGACCUACUUCAGAGGUGUUCAGUGCCAGGUCAGCUGUCUGUGCUAGCCCUGUAUGCCUCUCGACAACCUCUGGCAGCGCUAUAACACAGUAUAAAAGACAGGAUGCCUGUGUUGGACAGGUGCUUCAGUUCUGCAGAGUUAAGUAGGAGUUGGAGGACGGGGGAAGUUCUUCUCCCACCUUGUAUGGGUAGUUUGCCAAACUACCACUCUGGAAGUCUGACCUGCGAGCUGCCAGAAAUAAUCAAGAUGGUAAAACUCCUUUGGAAGUCAAAGAAUGGAUUGCAGAACAUGAAGCAGAGGGGGCUUUUGGCUAAUGAAGAUGCCCUGGGCGUCUUACCAGGAGAUGCUCGAGUGAGGUGUCCAACAGGGGUUCUCUCUGAACGCCGUGGCUCGUACCCUUUCAUUGAUUACCGUCUUCUGAACAAUUCAACACACUCAGGAGAAAUCGGCACAAAGAAAAAACUAAAGCGACUUUUGAGUUUUCAAAGAUAUUUUCAUGCGUCUAGGCUCCUGCGUGGCAUUGUACCACAAGCCUCUCUGCACUUAUUGGAUGAAGACUAUCUUGGCCAGGCACGGCAUAUGCUAUCUAAAGUGGGAAUGUGGAAUUUUGACAUUUUCCUUUUUGAUCGCCUGACUAAUGGUAACAGCUUAGUAACUUUGCUGUGUCAUCUUUUCAAUGCCCAUGGACUUAUUCACCACUUUCAGCUUGACAUGGUAAAGCUGCACAGAUUUCUAGUCAUGGUUCAAGAAGACUACCAUACCCAAAACCCAUAUCACAAUGCUGUCCAUGCUGCGGAUGUCACCCAAGCAAUGCACUGCUACUUGAAAGAUCCAAAGCUUGCUGGCUUUCUUACACCUCUGGACAUAAUGCUUGGACUGUUGGCUGCAGCAGCACAUGAUGUGGACCAUCCAGGGGUCAACCAGCCAUUUCUUAUUAAAACCAAACAUCAUCUUGCCAGCUUGUACCAGAACACAUCUGUGCUAGAAAACCAUCACUGGAGGUCCACCAUUGGCAUGCUGAGAGAAUCAAGAUUAUUGGCACAUCUGCCAAAGGAAAUGACACAGGACAUUGAGCAGCAGUUGGGCUCCUUAAUCUUGUCAACAGACAUCAAUCGUCAGAAUGAGUUUCUCAGUCGUUUUAAAGAUCACCUCAACAAUAAAGAUCUCCGCUUAGAGGACUCGGAGCACAGGCACUUUAUGUUGCAGAUCGCCCUGAAGUGUGCCGACAUCUGCAACCCUUGCCGUGUCUGGGAGCUGAGCAAGCAGUGGAGUGAGAGAGUCUGCGAGGAGUUCUACAGGCAAGGAGAUCUUGAGCGAAAGUUUGGACUGGAUAUUAGCCCACUUUGUAAUCAGCAAAAGGAUUCAAUACCUAGUAUACAAGUUGGCUUCAUAACCUACAUAGCUGAGCCCCUCUUUGUGGAGUGGGCCAGGUUUACGGGGGACACACCUCUUUCUGUAAAUAUGUUAAACCAUCUCAGGAAGAACAAGUCCAAGUGGAGAGCACUGCUACACAAACAAUGCAGCAAGAGCAAUGAUCAUAUGGGACAAGUAACAGAGGGCAAGGAAGACCAGAAGUUUAGUGAAGGUGGAGCCCCUUAGUGACGGCUUCAGAGUCUUCCCUGUUUUGUUGCUUUCUUUGCUGCUAACAGUGAAGAGCAAUUAAAGAUAAAGCUCCGAUGGGCUACUGUUGCUUAGAAAAAAAUUAGAUGGAGCAUAAUAACCACCCUCAUUCUGGUAUCCUGUUUUCUUAGCAUCUCCAGCAAUUCUGUCUUGGCUCAGAAACAGGUAAACCCCUGGGUACCAGUCAGGUAUGGUUCCUCUAACUGAUUGAGGGAGGCACUUUGAAUUGUUUAUGGUUUCCUGGAGGAAGUCAUUACAUGGAUUCAAUGUUCACAGACUGCAGGGGCAAUCGUGAAUAUGCUCAGAGUGCUAAACCGGACAAAACACAUCUGCUCGGGAGUAUUAUGCCAUCCAUCUCCAAAAGAAUCACAAAGACACACACCAGCAUCUACUGGACUCUAAAAAGAGUUCUAUAUUUUAUUAAAGUCUAAAACAGCUGAUUUUUUUUUCUUUUUAAUUUUUAUAUUUUCCAAAGCAACUCUACAAAUUUGAAACUGAAGCAUUAUCCACACGACCAUAGACCAGUAAAAUUUUUAUUUUUGAAUGCUGUAACAUCACUUACAAUGCAAUGUUAGCCAUUUAAUGAGUUGGACGCCAUAUCCAGUGUAAUGGUUGUGAUGGUCGCACAGAGUGUGGUCUGAGAGUGUUAAACAUUCCUAACAAAUGGCCACUUUCUUGUUUCUAUGAUACACAUGUAAUGCUAUGUAUAGUCUAAUCUGUAUAUUUUUUGUAUGUACUGAUCCUCAUGCCAAAAUGCUGAAGCUUAUUGGAACUGCUACUUGUAAAAAAUGAAGGCACUGUGAACAGAAUUUUAACAACAAAUAUAUAUAUAGCAUUUGUAAAUAUGGUACAUAGGUUAUUUCUAACAGUGCUCUCAUUUCCAGAUAAAGGCCUUAAAUUUAACUUGUCACAUUUAAUUUGCUGUGGUCUACGCGUAAGUCACAAAGUUACAAAGAAACCGAAUGGAGGCUAUUUAAAAUUCUGUACUUCACAUGCAUUCCAAGGGGUCUAGAAUAUGUUCUGUCAUGGCAUUGAAUCUACUAAUCAUUGUAGCUGGUAGUGUCCUCAGAUACAAACAAAACUACCCUAUUUGUUCCAGCUGUAUAUGUUUAUGGUAAGGUACUUGUUUUUAUGUUUAGUUAACAGGUUCUGAUAAAAGAUAAAACUAUAAGAUAAAAAUAUAUCCCUUUAAAAAAAACACAAAGGGCCUGCCAAGAACUUUGGACACAAAAACUGAAAAGAAGCCAUUUAAUUAUUGUCCAUGUGUGUGGGGUUUAAUCUUGCAUUAUUAUUAUUAUUAUUUUCUAGUGGUUUACUAGUAAAAGUGGUAUUGCUCUCUU